CACACGUUCGAACACAAAUCAGCUGACGGAGAUAAACACAGACGUCGUACGGUUACGCCGCCACAGUCCCUCCCGUUUCUACAGUCGAGAGAGAAGAGAUUAAAGAUGUCUAACCCAAAAGUUGUUGUCGUUGGAUCGUGUAUGACUGAUCUUGUAAGCUAUACCUCAAGGCUUCCCAAACCAGGCGAAACCAUCCAUGGCCAUCGGUUCAGUAUUGGAUUUGGUGGCAAAGGGGCUAACCAAUGUAUUGCUGCAAGGAGACUUGGUGCAUCGACAGCCAUGGUGGCAAUGGUGGGUGACGACUCCUUCGGCCAAAACUACUUGCAGAAUUUCAAAGACAAUGGAGUUGAUAUAACACAUGUUGGAGUGACAAAAGAGGCAGCAACAGGAGUAGCACCCAUUGCUGUUGAUGAUUCAGGUGAAAAUUGUAUAAUCAUAGUAGCUGGCGCAAAUUUGAAGAUGACCAAGAAGGAAGUCGAGGCUGCAGAAAGCAUGAUAAAAACUUCAUCUGUGUUAGUUUGUCAGGGAGAAAUUACCAUGGAAGCUACUUUGGCAGCACUGGUUAUGGCUCGAAAGCACCAGGUCAAAACACUGAUGAAUGCAGCACCAGCUGAUUCAAGCUUGGAUCCCAGCAUUAUACAGAAUUCAGAUGUUUUCUGUGUUAAUGAGACUGAGGCUGAAGUGCUCACGAGUAUCUGCAUAAAGAAUGUAAAAGAUGCUGAGAGUGCAGCAGAGGAGCUCUUAUCUCAAGGAUGUGGCAGUGUCAUCAUUACACUGGGUGGAGAAGGAGCUCUCUAUUCUACUAGAAAUGGUCAUGUACAUGUGUCAGCUGAGAAAGUCACUCCUGUAGAUACCACUGGUGCUGGAGAUGCAUUUGUUGGUGCCCUAGCCUAUUUUAUGGCCUGUUACCCACAAUUAGACAUGGUGGAAAUGAUACGAAGGUCUUGCAAAGUGGCCACUGUGUCAGUACAGGCUCCUGGAACACAGAGCAGCUACCCUGCCAGGGAUAAACUACCUAAGGAAAUCUUUGUUUAGUCUUCAAUAUUGUUAUCUAUUGUUAUGUAUUUUUUUGAUUGUGAGAUUGAGUAUGCAUGUGUCAGGGGUAUGUGUUGUGUAUGUGUUGUGUGUGUUGGGGGAAAUGUAUGUGGUGUAUACAAAAUGGAUAUGUUUGGCUUCAUAACAGGUAUCCAGAGAGAAUGUAAUGUCUUGCAAGCCUCAAAUAUUUGUUGAAAUUUACAGCCUCUCCAUUCCAGCAUGCUUACAAUUUGCCAGCACACAUGAUGGUGUAAUUUUUUGCCACCAAUAAAUAAUUAAAUAGGCUCAUAUUUUAUACAGGACUAUAUCCUUUCAAUCAUUUUCAGAACCUAAGUUAAUACAGUGUUAGAACCAGGGAACACAAAUUCUUUUAGAUUACUAUUGGAUAUGCAUAAGGAAAACUUGUAUAGGAAACCAAGUUAAAAUCUUAUUUUUCUUUCUUUCAUAGAUACUGAUACAGUUUCAUUGGUUAAGAGACUUACCAAAUGUACAAAAUGCAAUUAGUCUUUUUUAAAGAUAUAUGAAUUCUUUUCUAUUAUUCUCUUUUACACAUGAUAAAAAAUAGUAGAGGUAGAAUCAUGAAUUAUAUUGUAUUUCAUCUCAGGGUUGAUUCCAGAUAUGAUGUUCUGUAUUUUUGGGCAAUAAAGUUAACUUUUUUGAAA